CAAGUUUUAACAGUUAAAAGGGGGUUCUGACAUUUUUCUUUUUACAAUACCCUUUAUAGAUCUGUAAUUUCUUCGUCUUAUUCAUGUAUUGCUACAGAGCUGGUACUCAAAUCCAAGGAUAAUGCACACUAGGUAAGAGCCCUGCCAUACUGAGCUACAUCCCCAGCUCUGUGUUGAUUUCAAUGACAAGUUCUGGGUUUGGUUGUUUGGUUGUUUUUGUUUGGUUUGGUUUUUUGAGACAGAGUUUCUCUGUAUAAUAGCCCUGGCUGUCCUGGAACUUGCUUUGUAGCCCAGGCUGGCCUGGAACUCACAGAGAUCUACCUGCCUCUGCUUCCCAAAUGCUGGGAUAAAGGUGUGUGCCUCCAUACCUGGCUCAGUUACAACUUUUUAACUUUAUUUUUUUGUUCUAAGUGAAAUCCAAGGUAUAGUGGUGCAUACUUGUGAUUCCAGUGCUACAGAGGCUGAUACAGGAGGAUUGCUGUAAGUUCAAGCCUACCUGGAGCUACAUCAGUGAGUACCAAACCAGCCAAUGCUGCAUAAUAGACCCUAUCUCCAAAGGGGGGGGAAGCAAAAUAAUGCUAGUAUCUACAUGAGAAAAGACACAAAAGUUUCUUAAAAUAUUUAAAAAUAUAAGUCCUGUCUUUGGGAGGAAAUUAAGAAGUGUGAAAUAGACCAAAAAUUUUCAGGUCAAAUAAUUUUCUUAAGAGGCUUGAAGGUGAGGAUGGGAAGAGGUUCACAGAAUCUUAUGUCCACCACAGGGCAGAUGUCCCCAGCCACAUUAUCACUCUAGGCUAACUUUUUAUUCUUUUAACUUAAAAUGUUUCUAUUUUAAUGAGAGGGAUCACAUAUGUGUGUGAUAUGUGCAUGUGCGAGGCCAGAGGAGGCUGCAGGGUGUCUUCUACUCUACCUCUCUGUCUUCUGGGAAGAUGGAGUCACUCACUGAUUUGGACCGCUCCACUUCUGCAGGCCUUGCUGGCCAGCAAGCUUCUGACCUCACAACGCUGGGCUCACAGGUGUGUGGCUAUGCCCAGGUUGUUUUUGUUUUUGUUUUCACACGGGUGCUGGGAAUUCUAACCUCAUGUUUUCACAGCAAGCACUCUCAUCUGCUGAGGCAUCUCCCUUGUCACUAGACCUGCUAUUCUCCUUGAUGAGCCUCUGCAAGUCUGGGAGUGUCAUCUGAUGCUUGGAAGACAUGAUUCAACAAAGCAGGACUUUCGCUUAUAAAGCCUGGAACUUUGGGUAAUGUGAUUUUUUUAAAAAUCUGGGACAGGGAGGGUUUUUAGUCUGGACCCUUAGGAGUACCAUGAAACAUCAAAAGGAUGAUAAAGCACAGCUUCAUCACUUACUCAACACAGCUGGUUAAGACACUGGCCAAGCUUAGUGCAGUAUUCCUGUUUUCAAAUUAUUAUUAUGUGUAUAAGCAUUUUGCCUAAAUGUAUAUAUGUAUGUAUGUAUGUAUGUAUGUACAUUCCAUGUGUGCGUUGUGCCCCACAGAGGCCAGAAGAGGAUGUUGGAUACCCUGGAACUGGAGUUAAGGGGUCUGUAAGCUACCAUGUGGACGCUCGGAACCGAACCAGGUCCACUGCGAAAGCAGCCAGUCCUCUUUAACUGCUGAGCCUUCUUUCCAACCCCACCCCUCCCCCACUCCGGUGUAAUAUUACUUAGUUGUCUACACUUGGAAACGUUCCUGCCUCAGGCCCUCAGACAGAAUGCUGUUGUUCUGAAAGAGGUACUUAGCUGCUUCAAAACAUGUCUGGAAAUUGGAAGAGCAGAUCUAUGCAAUAUCAGUGAGGACAGGGCUCACUUAGCCCAGGCUGGCUCAAACUCCUUCUGUAGUAGAGGAUGACCUCUGAUCCUUCUGCCAUCACCUCCCGAGCCCUGGGAUUACAGGGGCCACCACCAUUCCUGUUUCAUGAGAUACUGGAACAGUGUGCCUCCUGCAUGCUAGGCAAACCCUCCACCAAAUGAGUCCUCCUCCCCCCACAUCCUUAGAGGAUAAAUUUCAUUAAGCCACCAAAUGUAUUGCAUUUGUUACAGCAGCCCAGCUAGCCGAUACAAAGUACUCUCAACUUUCCUAUUAUUAAGUCCAGCUGAAGCUUCAAGUGUGGAGCCACAAUACCUAAGGGUUUCUAGGCCUGAAACCUUGUUACAAAAAUGCAAACAAACAAACAAAAGACCUCUUGUCUUUGAUGCUCUCCCAGUUUACUGCUGCCGACCUUUAUACUUAAAGCCGCUGUGCUGUAGUGGUUCCUCCCCACUCGUGUGUGCACAUUUGUUCUCCAUUGAAGAUGGAGUUGAUCUCUCCGGGGAGCGGAAAGCUGAGGCUAUGCUUGCAUGCUCUCAGUGGGGGCCCUGUCCCUUGCUCAUGGCUCUUUCGAAGCCCUGCCCGGAAUCUUUUCUGGGGCUGCUUGGGUGAGGCAUGUCUCCUGGCCUGGAUCGGUGGGUAUCAUCGGGUCUGUUCCCCAGCAGCCGAGGCAGUGGUCAGGUCUGUGAUCGCGCGGUCGCUCAGGCCCCGCGCCCCCCGCCCGCGUCUGCGGCUGCGCGGCCGGCCCGGGAGGGGGCGCGGCGGGCGGCUGGGAGCGGGGCCGCGAGCGGCAUGUCUCGCUACUCCAGGCCCCCCAACACCUCCCUGUUCGUCAGGAACGUCGCCGACGCCACCAGGCCUGAAGACUUACGCCGAGAAUUUGGUCGAUACGGCCCCAUAGUAGAUGUUUACAUCCCACUUGACUUCUACACUCGCCGCCCCCGAGGAUUCGCUUAUGUUCAGUUUGAAGAUGUUCGAGAUGCUGAAGAUGCCCUUUAUAACCUCAAUAGGAAGUGGGUAUGUGGCCGGCAAAUUGAAAUACAGUUUGCACAAGGUGAUCGCAAAACACCAGGCCAAAUGAAGUCCAAAGAACGCCAUCUGUGCUCUCCAAGUAACCACAGGCGAUCCAGGAGCCCCAGCCAGAGGAGAUCUCGAAGUCGAAGUUCAUCCUGGGGAAGAGACCGGAGACGGUCAGAUAGCCUGAAGGAGUCUCGACACAGGCGGUCUUCUUAUAGUCAGUCUAAAUCUCGCUCCAAAUCACUACCAAGGCAGUCUACCUCAUCAAGGCAGUCAAGAACACCAAGAAGGAGUUCUGGAUCUAGAGGAAGGUCAAGAUCCAAGUCCUUACCAAAAAGGUCCAAGUCAAUGGAAAAAUCACAGUCACGCUCACCUCAAAAGCAGAUUGGCUCAGGGGCAAAAUCAAGAUCACACGGACGACACUGUGACUCCCUAGCAAGAUCGCCAUGCAAGUCCCCCAGAGGGUACACCAGCUCCGGAACUAAGACACAGACAGCAAAGCAUUCUCAUUUCUGGUCACAUUCCCGAUCUCGGAAUUAUCAUCCUAAAAACAGUUGGUGAACAGCAACGUCUCGAAGAGCUCCAGGGCUCUGCUAUAAGUUAGUAGACCCGGUUGUGGUUAAAAUUCUUCAAGGCUUAUAGAAAUGUGAACUGGUGAUAGUCACUUUGGGCAUAUGGAGGGAAUAAAAUCGCCCUAACUCUGACGACUAAAUAUUUGACCUCAAUGUAAGGGCUUAUCCACAAAUCACUAUGUCUGCAGUGUUACCAUUAGGCUGUAUUUUGUUCACCUUGCGGCAAGGGGGUACUUCCCAAAGGAAAUAGGAAAAUGGAACCAAUACAAAAAUUCUCCUUAGAUAUUAAAUAUUAUCAGUAAUGUCCUUUACAAAAAUAUGUUUUACUCUAAAGCACUUUCCACAUAAAAAGUAAUUGUGACUAUAUGGAAUUGCAUAGGCUAAACUUAAACUUAUGACAUCUGUGUCUUCUUUCUUGUGACUUUUGAUUAAGCUUGGGCCAAUUCUUGGUAGGUACUAGUUCAAAUUACAGUAUUCUCAAAUCUCAAAAGAUAAAAUUUACAUAGAGAUUCCAUAACUGUUUAAAAGAUAGUUAAAAGAUAUUUAAAAGAUAACUCAAAGAGCAUGUCAUUGUUUUUUGAAUACAACAGCAUAGGCCAGUUGACAUGAAAUGAUAUAAAUGUUUGCUUAAAAUAUGAAAACAAAGCCAGGUGUUGGUGACACAUGCCUGUAAUCCCAGCACUUGGGAGAUGAGGUAGGAGGGUCAAAACCAGCAUGGACUGGGCAACAUGAGACCCUGUCUAAAAAUAAAUAAAUAAAUAAAUGCUUUUUUUAAAAAGUGAAAUCAUUUUAGAAGUACUAGAUUUUGAAUGAUUUGAGACUACUCUAAAAAUUAUGAUGUGGAACACUCAGAAUCCACAAAUAUUCAUAUUAAGCCUUACAUAUUUGAAGUAUAGUACAUUUUGUAUAAAUUCAUAUUUAUACCAUUAUUUCUAUAUAGCUAUUUUCAUCUGCAUUUUUUCUUUUUAGAGCUCUAGUUCAAUAUCCUAAUUAUAUACAGUCUUUUUUAAAAAAGAAUUAAACACUUAGUACAUUAUAUUAAGAAGUACUAGCUAAUAAGAUGGCUUAGUGAGGAAAUCCACUCACCACCCAAACCUGGCAACCUGAGUGCAGGCUGGACAAUCUGAGUUCAGUUUCUGAACCCACUGAAAGGUAGAAGAGAACUGACUCCUGCAAACUGUCUGACUUCCACACUUGUACUAUAGCAUGUGUGUGUGCGCGCACACACACACACACACACACACUCACACACACAAAUGUAUGCAAAAACUUCAUGUUCAAAGCUAUACCUUCAAGCCAGACAUGUAGCACACGUACAUGCCUGUAUUCCCAGCACUCAGGAAGCCAAGGCAGGUACUUGACACCAGCCUGGGAAACAUAGAGACCCAAUACAGAGAGAGAGAGAGAGAGAGAGAGAGAAGAAAAAGAAAAAGAUUUCAUAAAAACAGCUUUGAGGUGAGGUAUGUGACUUUACAUUAUGCUACUCUACAUUUCAAAAACCAAAUAAGUUUGUUGACAAUUAUUGCUUUUGUAGUUGUUAUAACUUAGAAUUUCUUUUAAAAUGUGUUUGAGGUUUACAUUUCAGAGGGUUUUGGUAGAUUUGUGAUUAAAAGGCUUGCAUAUGAUUGUCAUAGGAGAUAUGUUUACAGAUUUUCUUUGUUGGAUCACAUUACUGAAACACACUGUCAGCCCUUACAGCUAAUAUUUAUGCCUGAAAUACCUAAGAAACAUGUCUUACAUUUUCAGUAUUUGGAGCCAUGUUGCUACUAUUAAUUUCCAAUAUAGACUUCCAUAUUUUUUGCAUUUUAAAUCCUUUAUGUGAGAAACAACUUUACAAAAUAAUUUGUAUGUCGGUGAUAUUUGGAGAAGUACCACAAAUUAAUGUAUAUUAUACUCUCUGAAUAUAUUUUCUCUAUUUAACCAUAGAAAAAUUUAUUUAUUUCAAAAUUUCACUCUGAUGUUCCUCUGUAAUAAAGCAAUUAUAAAAGUG